AUGCACAAACUACUCAUUCUUGCCGUAUUGUAUUGCGCCUGCUUUGCUGCGGCAAGAUUUCAUUUUUAUGACAGAACAUUUCUAGGCAACAGAAUUGAUUUAUCAACGAUGAAAGUUCUCAAGGAAACUUACGAGAACGCAGUAGACAAGAACAUAGUAUCCUCGCCCCUGGGUGUCAUGAUGUUACUCUCGAUUUAUAACCUGGGAUCCGGACCAGCUUGCAAAGUUGAAAUCUCUAAAUUUUUGGGAGAAGCGGACUCUAAAAACGCAUCAGACUCGUUUAAAGAGUUAAGCGUGAAAUUCUCCGAGAUUGAUCCUGACAACCUGGCGGUUGCUGACAAGAUCUCUGUGUCAAACCUGUACAAUCUGGACGAGACCUUCGCUGAAUCUGCCCGUGGAUACGGCUGCGAGUCCGAAACCCUCGAUUUCAGUAAAUCUGCUGAAGCGGCUGCUGAAAUUAAUAAAUGGGCUGCUGAGAAGACGAAGGGUCACAUCACAGAGCCAAUCGGCAAAGACGUGUUAAGCCAAGACGUGAUCGUCGCCCUCUUCAACGUUAUAUACUUUAACGGUCACUGGCACGUUCCGUUCAAAGCAGAAGAGACAAAGGAGAAAGACUUUCACGUGAGCCGCGACAGUGUCGUUAAAAAACCCAUGAUGCAUCUACUACAAUCACUGUACUACACAGAGAGCGAAGAACUCGGAGCUAAAAUGAUUGAACUGCCAUACAAGGAGACAGGUUUCCGCAUGAUAGUGGUGCUCCCGAACGAAGUGGAUGGUCUACCGUCGGUGCUGGAGAAGGCUGCGGAGAAGGGACUCCUCUCGGACGUGUUCAGGCUGAGGCCGGCUGGACGCCAAGUAGAUCUCGAUAUGCCCAAGUUUGAGAUUAGGACCAAAAUUAACUUCAAUGACAUUUUACCAAAGGUCGGAGUAAGUAAACUAUUCAGCGAGGGUGCCGCCGGCAUUGUAAAGAACACUUCAGUCAGAGUGUCCAAAGUGUUCCAGGAAGCUUUCAUCAAAGUAGACGAAGAGGGCGCCACUGCAGGAGCAUUCACUGGUGGGAUCACGGUGGCGUCUUCAUCCUGGUCAACACCACCGCCACCCAUGAAAUUUACAGUGGACCACCCGUUUCUUUACGUGAUCUUGCACGAGGAUAAAAUACUUUUUGCAGGCACAUUCUCAGCAUAG